AUGUCAGAACCAUUGCCAGUUGGGGAUUUUCGUUGGACAGAAAACGCCGAUAAGUUUGACGUACUGUCUAUACCUAAAGAGGGUGAUCUAGGAUAUAUCCUUGAGGUCGAUUUGGAGGUGAGCGAAAGCGACCACGAUCUAAUGAGCGACUACCCUAUGGCUCCCGAGCGUAAAACCGUCUCGGACGAGGAGUUAUCUCCCACAAGCAAAGCACUGUGGAGAGAGCUAUACCCGAGCAAUGAACAUACAGAGUCUAAGCUACAUGGCCGCAUAGACGCUACCACAGUCAGCAUGAACUCGUCUACAGAAACUCCAGUGGUAAAUACAAGUCUCUCGUCAGCCAUCUUGUUCAAUAACAUGACUACCGAUUUUAACACAACGACCGCUGCAAGUGCGAACUCAGCGCCCUCUAUAUAUGACUAUGGGGAAUAUUGGGCAGCACUCUACAUAAACAAGUACUACCUUUACGUCAUAGUGGCAAUCGGGUUACCAGGCAACCUUGCAGCUGUAGUGACGAUUUGUAACAUGCGUCCGCUGACGUCAUCAUCCGUAUACAUGGUAAUGCUGGCUAUAGUGGACAGCGUGAACCUCGGUUUGAAGAUUCUCUACCUCCAAUUGACCUUAUACAAUGUACAAAUGGGUCACGCUGGCUGUAAAGUCAUGUUUUUCUGUGGUACAUUCUUUAUGCAUUAUGCCAACUGGAUCCUAGUUGCCAUGACGAUAGAGCGUUUCCUGGCUAUCUGGCUACCUCUAAAGGUGUCGGAGCUAUGUACACGGACUCGUGCAUUCUUGGUGAUGGGCCUGAUAGCUGUGCCUCUCUUGGGUCUGAACCUCCAUUUUUUCUGGUCCACUCUCGAGGUCUGGGACGACUACUACUCCUGGGACUGCCAGUUCCGGUCCGAGUUCGAGUAUUUCAUGACCAAGAUGUGGUACUGGAUUGAUGGCGCCGCUUACAGCCUCAUCCCUUUCAUCAUCCUUGUCAUCUUCAACAUCCUCAUCAUCGUCGGCAUCAGCCGAGGGCAUCGUGGAGUUGUCAGUAAAAUUGACAAAACUCAAAUGACGGAGAAAAUGAAACAACAACAGCAAAUCACCAUCAUGUUGGUGACGGUAUCGCUUGUAUUCGUAGUACUUACGAUGCCCAAUUGCGUCUUUUUUAUCUUCCAGAAUUACUGGGAUUACACAAAGAACCUGCACGAGUAUGCUCGGUAUUUCCUCUUCUAUCAGCUCGUCUUCGUCCUGUCGGACUUCAACCACGCCAUCAAUUUUUAUCUUUAUUUCCUCAGCGGCAGGAAAUUCAGGGCCAGGUUUCACGCCAUCAUUUGCAUCUGCCGUCGGAAACAGAUCAGUCGGCGACUCGGAACAACUAUAUCGCACAUAGCAUCUUCACGGAUGUCAGCAACAGAGAUGACAAAUGGAUACUCACGGAGACCUCCCGAAAGAAAAGUGUUUAACGAAAACUCCCGGGGAUCAUCACCAAACACAAUUGGAACAGAGAACAGAACUGUACAGAAAUUAAACAAUAUUUGUGAAUCGAAAAACGAUAAAGGAAAACUAACGGAAAAUGAAUACAUGUAA